CUCAGAGACACGUCCUUUCCGGUGCGUCUCGAACGGAGGAGAAAAGCCGAGGAUUUUAUGUCAAAAAAGGACCGUUUUUAGGAUUAAUUGUCCAGGAUGAUGCAGGAUGUGUUAGAAACUAAUGAUCCCAUCUCACAGCCAGGACUGAUCCAGAGAUUAGGAACAAGCGUUAGCAGGCUAUACCAACAUUAUUUGGACAAAUGGACACCACACACAGCGUCACGAUGGGUCUUCACAUUGGUCCUGAUCGCUGGGUUUUUGUUACGAAUUAUGUUGAGGCAAGGAUGGUACAUUGUCUGCUAUGCCUUGGGGAUCUACCACUUAAACCUGUUCCUUGCCUUCCUAACUCCAAAGAUUGAUCCAGCAUUUGCACAGGAAGAGGAUGAUGGACCAAGUCUCCCCACUAAAGCAAAUGAGGAGUUCCGUCCAUUCAUGCGACGACUUCCAGAAUUCAAGUUUUGGUACAGUGUGACCAAGUCAACUUUAAUUGCCUUCACCUGCACCUUCUUUCAGCUGUUUAAUGUCCCGGUCUUCUGGCCUAUCUUAGUUAUGUACUUCUUAACCUUAUUUGGUAUUACCAUGAAGAGACAGAUACGGCACAUGAUCAAGUACAAGUAUUUGCCGUUUUCCAUCGGCAAGCCUCGCUACCAGUCUCAAGAGAAUAACAAACCUCCAGCCCCCCACUGACCCCACCGUACCCAGCACCCCAAGUCAAUGUGGUACCUGCCGUUCUUCCUGGGCAAGCUGCUGGACAAGUGAUAGGAGUGUGUGCUCUGCGCUGCGAAACAUCAAAGGAUGUCCCUUACUCCUCUGCGGAUCCUGUGCGAUAGGCUUCCCACCUACCACCCAAUUGGAUUUUUUUUUUUUUUUUUUCAUUGAUGUUUGAUUCUGCUGUUCUGUAUGUGUUUUUCUGGUUUGUUUAUGGUUUCAGUAGGUUUGGUGGGAGAUAGGGUAGGGUACGAAUGUUUAACAAGAACAACGGAUGGGUAAUAUCUUUUUUUAUUUCAGUUUUUUUUUUUCUUUUUUUUUUUUUCAUGUUGUGGAUCUUUGUUUUUACAAAGAAAUUCAGAUUUUAGAAGCGACUCCGUUUCUGAAGAGGAAACUAUGAGGAUAUGUAGCUAGAUGUUUAUAUAAGUUUAAAUGGAUUUAGUUUUAACAGCACCAUAAAGCUAAACAAAUGCUCUAAUGAGAAGAGAGAUCACUCACAAGAAGAUUGUGUCAACAGAUGGCUGGGUUUGGCUGUAGUGCAUAAGUGACUUGGUCUUAGCACUGAUGUGUCUUUUUGGUUCUCUACUUUUGGUUUAGACAACUUUAUUUCAUUGCAGUUCAUCUUACUGAAUGAGUCUAUUCGGGGCUAAUAUUGUCCUCUCAAAAAGUGAGAACGGUGGAGCUUCUGCACUAGGCCAUUCCAAUGUCUUUCCCUCUCUUGGAAAUUCUUGUGCAAAUAUCACCCAAAAGAGUUUGUGAUGCAAACACACAACCCUUAUUGUUUCUUCCUGCACUCGCAUUGUUACAAGCAUUAACAUGCUAUAUUAUAUAGAAAUUACUCCUCUGUUUGAUUUAAACGUGUGUAUGUAUGAAUGUAUGUAAAGUAUGUAUGUAUGUAUGCAUAAUUCACACAAAUUUUCCCUCUUUUUUCCCCUCACACCCCAAAAAGUCUUCAGUGCAAAGCCCAGUUUCAUGUAUCUGCUGCUUGUGGUUUAUAUGACAGUGUGGACAUGUGCUCUUUCAGCUGAGAGAGGAUUGGGGGUGGGGGUUCUCUUGGGGAAUACCAUUUAAGGUCAUCCGUUUUGUUAGCUGUGUACACUGAAUGAAAUUUAUUUUACAUUGUAUCUCUUCUCUUGGUAAAGCUCUUAGUUAAUGAUGGAAGCAGAGUUUUGUCCUUCUGGAAAAUUGUCAACCAUUUAGCAUUUAUGUUCUUGGUACCAUCUUUUCUAUUACUUUUACUGCUACUGUCAAUAUACAAGAUGUCCUGUUUUAUUUCAUAUAUAUAUUUUUUUUAAUGUUGCUUCUAAUUUUGACGGUGAUUCAUGUUGUCAAUAUUAUUGUUAACAUUGAAGCAUUGUAUCUCUCACUGUUAACAGUAGCAGCAGCAGCAGCCAUUCUACUGAAAAUCACUUGCCCUUUUGUUUUCUCACACUGUGCAUUGGUUUGUUAUUAUUGUUAUUAGUGUUCCUUUUCUCUUUUAUUAUCGUUGAUUAAUCAGACUACUGAUUAUUAAAGUUAUAGUAUUUUCUGGUAAUCACUUUUUUUUUCUUUUUUUUUUUCCCUCCCUCCUUCCUUUUCCUCUUUUUGUUUUCUCAAGAGGUUUUUUUUUAAAGACAACACGGACAAAAAGCCUCCAUAUAAGCCAGACGUCAGAAGCUCUUUAUCUGUGUGUGCAAGGUUGUGUAUGUCGAUGGGAAAUAUCCUCACAGAUGAUUUUCAUUUCGAGUUCAAAUUAGGGCAGUGCUUGAACAUUUUUUUGACACAUUCCUCUGCCAUCUGCCUCUUAUAGUUACUGAUGCCAUGCGAUUGCUGGAGAAAAACUGCCGUGUUGGACGGCGGGAAUGCGAGACGGAGGGGAUAUUUUGGCUUGUAUGAUCAUCUCCUUCUUCUCCUCCUCCUUCUUCUUCUUUUUCGUCUUUUUUGCCACCUCUGUUUCUUUGUAUUAUUAUUAUUAUUAUUAUUGCUAGCUAUUGUUAUUAUUUUUUUAAUUAUUUAUGAUGAUAAUAGUAAUGAUGAUAAUAAUAGUAAUGAUAAAAGUGUCAUUUUUAUUUAUUAUUAUUGUUUUUAUCAUCAUUCCUAUUGUUAUUAUCUUAUUAUCAUUAUUAUUGUUGUUAUUGAAUUAUUGUUAUUCAUUGUAAUUAUUAUUACUAUUGCUUAUUGUCAUAAGAGUUAUUUUUCCUAUUCCAAGUUCUAUUCCUUUUCCUCUUACUUUUUCCCCCCUCUUCCUCUUUUUCCUCCUCCCUUGUGUCGUCCUCCUCCAUCUUCACCUUAUCCCUGUAGCUUAAGGUUUUCACGGAUGGCGAGGGUAGCCCCUGCAUGGGGGGGUGGGGGGGAUAGUAAGGGACACAGGAAAACGGAAAUGACGCAGAUUUCACCUCCAAGUGUACGAGGCCUAUGCCGAAACCACAGGAGAGACCAAGCACACAUCCGUCCCUCGGCUCACUGCCAAAGGGGGGGGAGUCAGGAGGGAUGCCAGGUGUUAUUUAUGUUGUAAUGAUGAUAAAGAUAUUUAAAAAGAAGAUAAAAAGAAAGAGAGAGAGAGAAAAAAAAAAUGUGUAUUGGGUACCGUGUUUCAAGUGAGAGUGGACGAGUUGAUGAAAGCCUAUGUUAGUCAUUCAAGGUAUUCAGUGAAUGCCUUUAUUAUGGACGAGAUUCACAAUAUUAUUUAUCAGAUUAUGUGCUUUUUUGCCGAAAGAUAAUUGAAGCGAGAGAGAGAGAGAGAAUAAUAAAGAGAGACUUCCUUCCCCAUCAUUAUUUUCAUUAGAUCCCAAACUUACUUUAUUUUUGGUAUUUAUGUUGUUUUAGUUAUUAUGAAUAUUCCUUUUUUUUUUUUUUUUUUUUUUUUUUUUUUUUUUUUUUUUUUUUUUUUGCAAGCUCUGUUGUCCAAAAAGCAUGCAGGAAUCUUUGAUGAUCUGUAACAAAUAGAUAUAGAUUAUGUACAAUAUAUGUAUGUGUGUAUGUGCAUCUCAUUUCCUUUAAAACUGUUUUUGUAGCAUAGUUCAGGGUUCCUAGCAGUUGGUGGUUCAAUAAUUUUCUCUCCUUCAUCGUUGAAUUUGUGCUACCUCAGCACUGCCCAGGACUUGUUAAAAAAAAACAACAAAAAAAAACUUAGGGAAUUUCUUAACAACACCAUCAGAAUUCAUUUGAUUAUCUUUUUCAAGGCUUAUUGUAUAGUUUCCUCUUGUUAUUACUAGACUUGCAUUUACGAGGUGUACUGUGCUGCAUGUAUUUCUCCUUUCCGAGGUUUAACUUUAAAGAAAAAAACGUGCUCCUUUUUUUUCCCCCCAAAGGUUUUUCUCUUUGCUUUAACUGAGAGGAAUGAAUGUUGUGACAUGCAAGGUUGCCUUUUUUCCUUCAAAGGCAAGGAGAAGGAUAAAGCUGAUGAAAUUAUUGCAAAUUUGAAAGUACCAUUGUGGUAAUAUUUUUUAUACUUGUUUAUUACUACAUGCCAAUAUACUUAACCAUGAUAUCACCUCUUCGCCCGGUUACGUUUCAUUGUUAUUAGUUGUGCUGAUAAAAUUGUGCAAUGUUCUCUUUUUUUCUUCGUUAAUUUGUGUACAUAUGUAUUGUGUGAAUGAGGCAUUCCAAUUUAAAAUGUGUAUUUAAUGUAACCUUUUUACUUGGUAUCUUUGUACAGUCAUGUCAGGAAAUAGAUUAAAACAGUAUUUUGAUUGA